CGUGAUCCCAGGAAGAGCUUGGCUUUGGUGCGAAUUCUGCUCAAUGAGCUGGAGAGGGUGGAGAGAGGGGACCAAACUCAUCACAUCAUCCCCCUGCUACACACACUAAUAUACACACUAGCAAAGGCUCCCUGCACCUCCGAUAACCUCUAUGACAGAGCCUAUGCCUUCUGCACACGGUUACUGACCCUACCCAGGCCCUACUGCUCCCUGGCCUGGCACUCUGCCAUCCUGCUGAAGCUGGAGAGAGCUGUCCCGGGCCUCCUGUACCAGCGGAUGGUCCUCGCGGAGCACAGCCUGCCCAAUGAGAUGUACCUGUACCAGGAGCAGGUAUUCCUGUUUGUGGAUCCAGAUCUGGUCUCCACAGCCGUGUGCAAUGCCCUGCUCUUGGAGGUUGAAGGGGCCCAGCAGCAGCCCCAGCAGAGCCCCUGGGCCUGCAUGGUCCAUGUGGUUGCCCAGGCCAUGCGGAUGGCUUUGGGUGAGGCCUGUGAUGUGGGUGCACUGCAGAGCAGGUUGAAGAAUGGCCCCCGCAGUGACCUGGAGUGCUGCUUCCAUGCGGUGGUGGCCAUGGUGCAGCAGGCAGGUGGCGAGCUGGGUGCCACCCAGGGUGGGCAUGUGAGGAGACUGGAGGAGCUCUAUAGAUCGCUACUCGGAGCUGAGGUGGUAGGAGCCCUGUCCCCCGUCAUCCCUCUGCCCAGUCCCCGCAUUGGCUUUCACCUGUGGACAGAUAAAGAGCAGCUUUGGAAGGAGCUGGUACGGUUCCUCCACGGAACAUCCUACCCUUGUGACCCCUGUGACACCUGCGACCCCUCCUGCCUCAGCAGAGACCCAGAGGCCUUCGAGAUCCGGGGUCUGGCAGCCUCUGGGCAGGUUGGGGAGCCACCUCGCUUCUCGAUUCUGUCUACGGACAGCGGCAUCGAGCGCGACCUGCCUCCUGAGUCCGAGGAGAUCCCCGAACCCGAACAGUCCCGCCUGCAGCGCAAGGGGGGCGUCAGGAAGCGGGUGGGGCCCCUGGGGGCCUGGCUGCCCGCCUGCUGGCAGGGGUUGGCUGGGGCUCUUGGGGGCCACACACAACCACUGCUCGGGGCCCAGCCGCUGCACACGGCCCGCGUGGUCAUACUGGGGGAUGACCGCAUGCUGGGCAGACUGGCCCAGGCCUACCUAGAACUCAGGAAACGGGAGACACAGAGGCUUCACCUAACCCACCGGCUCAACCUGCAGUUCUACUACAUCCCCGUGCUGGAGCGCGAGGAGCCUGUGGGUGUCCGGCUGCCGGACCUGUGUGAGCUGGCCACGUACCUGGGCCGGGUCGACCGGUGGUACGACAGCGUCGUCAGUGCCCUGAGCCAGGCUAUUCCCAAGCUGGCCCAGAUGCCCUCUGUCGGUGGCCCUAGGGUGUCAGACCCCUUCAUCGUGGAUGUGAUGUCCUACUACGUGCGCAUGGGCACUCAGCCUGUUGGCUUUCAGAUUUACAUGGCCAAGAUCCUCUUGAGUGACCCGGCCCGAGACCCCAUCUUGGAGACUUUUCUCACAGAACUGAGCCUGCAGGUCCCAGACUCAAGACCCCCCAAAGGUGGGUUCUGGGGGUGGUGGCUAUUAAGAGGAGGAGGCCCCUGGUUUCCUGGAGCAGACAAAUCCAGGGAUAGCCCAGGGACUGAGCUCUCUUUCUGCUACCGGAAGGCCGUGCCCAGUAACCGCAUGCGGGAGGUGGAGGUGUCCCUACGCUGCACUGGCUUCGUGCUCAAAGCCAUCCCUUCCAGCCACCUGGAAGACCCAGAUGGCCUGAACGCCAGAGUAGCCGAAGUCAUCAGAACCUCCAACCUGGCUGGCAAGUCCUUCUCUGUGACAGAACUCACCUUCAGGGCAACCAGCAUCAAAGUCUGGAGCCACGAACAGAAGCCCCUGACCGUGACCCUGGACAAAGACACUAGGCGCAUCCACAGCAACGUGGCCGGAAUCGAAGUAGCUCCCUGCUUGGAGCCCAGUUCCAGCACCCAGAAGCCCAGGACAAAGCCCCAGGCGGGCGACCUAGCACCGACCACUUCCACACCCAAGCCUCUGCUGCUGCCUAUCAACACGUUCUCAGGCUCCAUUCAGUGAAGGCCAGGAGGAGCCCCAAGGGUGGAAAGUAGGGCUUAAGGGUCACGCUAUCUUCUCUACCCGCAUGAUAAUAUCUCGUGACAGUGACAGAUGAAAAUGGCCUAUCUACUUGUUUUGUUUUGUUGUCUGUCUCCCCCUUCUAGACUG